AACCUUAAUAACGGAACUUUGCCUCACUUAUCACGUGACGAUAAGAAUUUAAUUUUCGGCGCGUAAACAAAUUAUGACGCAAAUGGGAGUUAUAAGAACGAAACGAGAAGGCACCACAUGAGAAGUUCAUUCCUGCAAAACGCAACCGAAUUUGAGGAAGAGAGAGAGAAGGAUUGAAGUAGAAACGAACGUAUAAAAGUGGAGUCUGAAAUGGUGGACACUGUGUUUCGCGCACGAUCUUUAGGGGUAGCUACAGAGGGUUUGCCUGAUCAGUAUGCUGACGGAAAAGCAGCCAAAGUAUGGGAAGUUUAUAUUGGAGAGAAGAGUGAUCGUACCAAACAUUAUAAAGACUUUUUAAUUCAAACUUUGAGAGAUCACAACUGCAAUCAUUUACUGGACGUCGCAUGUGGAACAGGAAUUGACUCGAUUCUGCUAUUAGAAGCAGGAUUCCAAAUCAUGAGCGUUGAUGCUAGUGACAAAAUGCUAAAGUAUGCUUUGAAGGAAAGGUGGAAUCGGAGAAAAGAGCCUGCUUUUGAUAAAUGGGUGAUCGAGGAAGCUAACUGGUUGACUCUGCCCGACGAUAUCCACAAACCAAAUGGUGGUUUCGACGCUGUCAUGAAUUUGGGAAACUCGUUCGCUCAUUUGUUUGACGUGAAAGGUGACAUGUCUGACAUAAAAUUAGCCAUCAAGAACUUUCACGAAAUGAUCAAGCCCGGUGGCUAUCUCCUCAUCGAUCACCGUAACUACGACUGCACUCUCAAGCACGGGAAAACUCCAGCUCAUAGCAUUUAUUACAACAGUAAACACAUUAAAGAUAUCCAAACUUCCAUCUUGUACACUGGUCAGAGUCCCACGAUGGUGAUGUUGGAUUAUACGAUGGACAUAUCGGACAUUGUUGGACACUUCGAUCGAACGGACAGUGAAUUUACGAAGAAGGGAAGAUAUCAUGGCCAUUUCCGCCUGUCCUAUUACCCUCAUCGCUUAGAAACAUUUACUAGUAUCUUAAAAGAAGUUUUUGGGGAGAAUAGCAAACACUAUGUUUACGGCGACUUCAAGAAGCUGGAUGAAGUAAAGGAUCCUGCUUUCUAUAUUCAUUUCAUCCAGAAAGCCAAAGAGUAACGGAAGAACAAAUCUGCAUGAAACUUUUUUUUUCUUAAAUUUUAAAUUCACUCUCAAGACUGAUAAUAUAAAUGCGAGCCCUUUGUUUUGUUUUUCGUUGCAUAUUUUUCUGUGGUAAUGUUUUGCCAGUUUUCGUAGAAAAUUAUGUAUUUUGAAUCUUUUUAUAUUUUGUGUGUGUUUAUUUUGUAAACGUAAAAAUGUGUGGAUAUAUUUAUGCAAAUAUGUCCAUAUCUGUAUUUGUAUAAUCUGCAAAGAUAGUUAUUGUGUGUUAUAUUAACACGAAACGUAUAUUGGGGUUAUUUUAAUAAAGCUAUGUGCGAUAUUU